CCCCAUUGGAAAGACACGCUCCUCAACUACACCUGUAAUGAUGGCUGGUUAACGACCUUGGGUGAAAAACAAACGACUGUUAUGUUCAGUGGGACGACCUGGGUGAUGGACGACCCCGACUUCGAAUGUUGGAAAGUGGCCGAGGAACCCCCCGAGACUAUCAUCGAUGCCAGGCUGGAAGGAACUGACCCCCCUUACUGGAAGACAGUGACCCUCAACUACACGUGUGACGAUGGCUACUUAUCCACUGAGGGGGAGAAGCGGACCUCUGUCACUUACAAUGGAACAGCUUGGGAGAUGGAGAACCCCGGAUUUACAUGUUGGAAGGUUGCUUCCGAACCCCCAAGGAAUAUUACCGAUGCUGCGCUAGAAGGACCUGAUCCCCCAUACUGGAAAACCGUUACCCUAAACUAUACGUGCAUUGACGGUUAUUUAUCGGCCGAGGGGGAGAAAUGGACCAAUGUUACCUUUGAUGGGACGUCUUGGGUACUGAGCGACCCGGAUUUCGCUUGUUUGAUAGCAUGUCCAGCCCCGCCCGCACCUGAGGCGUACGUCAGGAGGAACUACACAGGGAAGGGUAUAGACGGCGACAUAGCUGUAUACGUCUGCGCAGGGAUGUUCGACUGUGGUAACGACACGAUUGAGGUCACAUGCUCGACCGGGAACUGGAGUCUGGACGUCCUGCCGGAGUGUGGUAAGGAAGGAGAAAUAGGUAAAAGGGGUGAAAUAGGUGAAAUAGAAAUGGGUGAUAAUGAGGUGAAAUAAGUAAAAUAUGAGACAUAGGUGAAGUGGAAGAAAUGGGUGAAAUAAGGAGAAACAGGUUGGUAUUUCUUAA